UUCCAGUUCUCAUCGAUGGUGUUAGGUCUAAUGUUCGUGAUCAACGGUGGUGUGUACGCUGUCUCGGCUCCAGGCUGGGGCUGGCUGUGUGACCAUCCCGCCAUCAAACAGAAAUACGUCAUCGCUGUAGGAUGCGCUUUUGUUUCCGCUGGAUUCCUCCUCAUUGGACCAGCUCCAUUCUUUGAUAUGGGAACUCAAAUGUGGGCAGUGAUACUUGGCUUGACUCUCCACGGGUUGGGCAUGGGCAGCCAACUCGUCGCAUCAUUCUCUGAUGCCCUAGGAACGGCUAUUGCAAGCGGUCUUCCAAACUCCAUAGAAACGUAUGGGCUGGUGUCAGGUAUGUGGACCUCUACCUUCGCAUUGGGUGCGUUUAUCGGCCCCACCGUGUCUGGUCUACUGUUCGACUCCAUCGGUUUCCGCAGCUCCACACUCUUCGUAUUCAUCCUUCAUCUUAUUGUGAUGGUGAUGAUGCUAAUGUUCACCUGGACUUGUGAUCGCUCAUCGAAGAUGGACGUGUCUGUCUCAGCUGGAGACUUGCUACAGAUCGACGGAACACUGGACGAGAGUGUGCUCAUUGGAGACAAAUUCCUUCCUCCUCCAAGGACUAAGAGAUGGACGAGCCGAAGCCAGGCGGAAGAUCCCCUGGUAGAAAACAUGGUCAUCGGUGAGAAUCUACAAGAGGAAAGGACUAGAAGCCGCCGCUGUGGCAUCAGUGUGGAACAGUCCCGGCCUCCAGCCAUGAACAGUCUCAUAGCCUGCUCCAGUUACAAGAACCGUAGAAGUCCUUGGAGCCAGCGCACUCCAAGAUACAGGCCUACAUACGGCAGCCUCGACCACAGAUACAGAGGAGCGUAUAACACAUAAAUCUAUAAAAAUACUUUAAAUAAGAUAAGUUUAUUAAUUAGGAUCUUUAUUAUUCUUUAAUAAUAUCUUUCUUAGCAUUGUAUUGUGAGAAAAGAGUCCCCUGUUUGUCAAAGUCCUCCUUUCGUCGAUUUUGUUUAUAAUUUUCAUUUUUACAUUUUCUCUGUAAGGUUGAAAAUCAAGUGGCGUCGUUGCAAGUUAAGGUAGCUUGAUAUGCUGGUGUGUUAAUAAAGUUUUUAUUGUAUUCCUGAUUUUCUUUUUGGAUUAAAACUGGAAAGAUGUUUAUUUUUUAUUCAAUAAUAAUUUUUGAAGUUUUAAGAAUACCAAGUUUUAGUACUUCUUUGGUACUAUUUGAUGUCUGGCACCAAAUAGCCAAUCUUGGUCAUCCUAAUCCUGACGAAUUUUGUAGGUUUUAUGAUUUUUCAUACAGCUAUUUACCAAAUAUUUACACAAUUUACAAAGGAUAAUUAUU